AUGUCAGACCCGGUUGUUCUGCAGUCUGCGGUGCGAGUGCCCACUCCGCCCCCGGGGACCUUCUCACCUACCGCUGGUGCUCGAAAGCGCUCGCCUCCUUCUCGAUCACCCUCACCCAACCGCCGUCGUUCGCCCCCGGGUGAUUCCCACCGAGACGAUGCCGAAGUACCUCGUAUGGAUGAGCGACGCGCAAUCGAGCGCGAACGCCAGCUCGCCGAGCGCGUUCGUGAGCACGAGAAGCAGGAAGCCACUCGCAAGCCCAUGACCGAGGAGGAGAAACAAGCAGCGGCCAAGGCCGAGUACGAGAAGCUGUUGAACAUGCGGUCUGGUGGUACUUACAUUCCCCCGGCACGACUUCGCGCGCUCCAGGCGCAAAUCACGGAUAAGACCAGCAAGGAGUACCAGCGGAUGGCAUGGGAGGCGUUGAAGAAGUCGAUCAACGGUCUGAUCAACAAGGUCAAUGUCUCCAAUAUCAAGUAUAUCGUGCCAGAGCUUUUUGGUGAGAAUUUGGUUCGCGGCCGUGGGUUGUUCUGCCGAUCUAUCAUGAAGGCGCAGGCCGCCAGUUUGCCGUUUACCCCCAUCUACGCUGCGAUGACCGCCAUCGUGAACACAAAGUUGCCGCAGGUUGGAGAGCUUCUAGUCUCUCGGUUGGUUAUUCAAUUCCGCAAGGCAUUCAAACGAAAUGACAAAGCUGUCUGCAUCUCGUCCACGACCUUCAUUGCACACCUGGUCAACAAUCAAGUCGCCAACGAGAUGCUUGUCGCACAGAUCUUGCUGCUGCUGCUUCACAAGCCCACCGACGAUAGCGUGGAAAUCGCCGUCGGUCUGACCAGGGAAGUUGGACAGCACUUGGAGGAAAUGAACCCUCAGAUUGCGAAUGCCGUUUUCGACCAAUUUCGAAACAUCCUCCACGAAGCCGAUAUCGACAAGCGCGUGCAGUACAUGAUUGAAGUCCUGUUCCAAGUGCGCAAGGACCGGUAUAAGGAUAAUCCAGCGAUCAAGGAGGAGCUCGAUUUGGUGGAAGAAGAGGACCAAAUUACACAUCAAAUUGGGUUGGAUGAUGAAGUCGAAACUAUGGACACUCUGAAUAUCUUCAAGUUCGAUGCAAACUGGGAGCAGAACGAGGAGAAAUACAAGAAGUUAAAGGCCGAGAUUCUCGGUGAGGACAGCGAUGAGGAUGAAGACGAUGAGGACGGGGAUGAGAGCUCCGAGGAUGAAUCUGAUGCCGAGGAACAGAAGAUGGAUAUUAAGGAUCAGACCAACACUGACCUGGGCAAUCUUCGGCGAACAAUCUACCUCACAAUCAUGUCUAGUAUUGACUUUGAAGAAUGCUGUCACAAGCUGAUGAAGAUCAAUCUCCCGGCCGGCAUGGAGCCUGAACUGCCUUCCAUGAUUAUCGAGUGUUGCUCCCAAGAACGGACAUACUCCAAGUUCUACGGCUUGAUUGGAGAACGGUUUGCCAAGAUUAACCGUCUCUGGUCUGACCUGUUUGAGGCCGCAUUCGCCAAGUACUACGACACUAUCCACCGCUACGAGACGAAUCGCCUGCGGAACAUCGCACGGUUUUUCGGACACAUGCUCAGCAAUGACGCCGUUGGUUGGCACGUUCUGUCCGUAAUCCAUAUGAACGAGGAAGAGACCACGUCCAGUAGCCGUAUCUUCGUCAAGAUUCUGUUCCAGGAUCUCGCCGAGAACCUUGGUCUUCCUGGCCUGCAGACCCGUUUCCGAGACGAGAUUCUGCGGCCCAGCUUCGAGGGUCUGUUCCCGACAGAGAACCCGCGUCACACCCGUUUCUCGAUCAAUUACUUCACCAGUAUUGGUAUGGGUGUGUUGACGGAAGACAUGCGCGAGCACCUCAAGAACGCUCCUCGACCCGCCGUGCCCGCUCUACCUGCACGCACUUCCCGCUCGCCAUCAGACCGCUCAUACUCACGGUCAUCAUCUUACACUCGCUCCUCUCGCUCACGAUCCCGUUCCUAUUCCCACUCUCGUUCCCGCUCUCGCUCUUACUCACGGACCGUGGGCGUUCCUACUCUCGCUCCGUCACGCCCGCUUCCCGCGGCAGAAGUUACACACCAUCGCGGUCUCGCUCGCGCUCGCGCUCGCGAUCUCCUGUCCGUCGCAGCCGACGAGGUGCGUCAUACAGUCGGUCCCGAUCCCGGUCUAGAACUGUAUCGCGCACUCCACCACGACGCAGCCGGCCCCGCUCCUACUCGCGUAGCCCUAGCCGCAGUCCAGUCCGCCGAGCAGCCUCUCGCUCAGUCUCCCCUCCACGCCGAGGGCCGCCAACCGCUAGUCGUCGAGACCGUAGCUACUCGAGAUCACCUUCUCGAUCAGCCUCCCCUCCUCGUCGGGAGCCGGCAGCCAAAAACGCAAGACGGUACUCUUCAGCAUCAGCAUCUCCGCCACCUCGCGGCGGUGCUGCUCGUGAAAAGUCCCUUUCUCGAUCUCGCUCGCGCUCUGCUAGACCUCGCGACGACUCCCGGGGUCGAAGUUACUCGCGGACUCCCCCUCCUCGUCGCCGAUAAGCGGAUGUACCAUUGCCAGCGUUUCUCUUCUUUUCGUCCCACGGCAUGA